GUGCUUCUCCAGUAGAAGACAAUGGAACUUACAGAUGUCUUCAGGCUUGACUUGGUUGAGACUAAUGUUACAACAGCCACACUGACUUUUCUGGUGAUAAUAUUGGUUCUCCUUGCUUGGCAUACCACCUCUUCGUUCUCCAGGCUUGAUAAAGUGGGAGUCCGUCAUCCUCCGCCUUUGCCUUUCAUUGGAAAUCUGUUAUAUUUUCGUGAGGGCUUUUGGGAGAGUCACAACAAGCUAAUCAGCAAUUAUGGACCUUCUUGUGGGUAUUACAUUGGUCGUCGAAUGUACAUCGUGAUAUCUGAGCCAGAUAUGAUAAAAUGUAUCUUAGAGGAUGAUUUCAGAAACUUCAGGAACAGAAUGAGUCCAGAUUUGGUUUUUAAGCCAUUUGCAGACAGCAUUGUCAUGUUGCGUGAUGAGAAGUGGGAAAAGGUCCGGAGCAUAUUGACCCCAGCCUUCAGUAUUGCAAAGAUAAAGGAGAUGACUCCGCUAAUUGAUGAGGCAUGCAAUAUCCUGCUGAAUAACUUAAAGGUCUAUGCAGAAUCUGGUGCUGCUUUUGACAUUCAAAGGAACUAUAGCUGCUUCAUGUUGGAUAUUGUUGCAAGCAUAGCUUUUGGUACCCAUAUUAAUUCUCAGAAGACUCCUAAUGACAUUUUUGUUAAGUACACCAAAAGAUUCUUUGAACCUUUAAUAUUUAAACCUCUUCUCAUCCUUGCUGUUGCAUUUCCAUUUAUAAUGAUCCCUCUACUUCGCAUUUUGCCAAAUAAGAAACGAGAUGAAGUGAAUGGAUUUUUUAUCAGUCUCAUCAAGAAUAUGAUUACCUUGAGAAACCAGCAGGAUCCAAAUGAGAGACGCAGAGACUUUCUGCAGCUGAUGCUUGAUGCACGCAUCCCAACCACUGACAUUGUCAUGGAGCAGUCAGACAGAGUCAAUCAAGAUGAUUUUCCCAAAGCUCUGCCCAAAAAGCAGCAGGUGUGGUUGAAUGAUGAUGAGAUAGCUGGACAAGCCUCUUUGUUCCUAAUUGCUGGCUAUGAAACCAGCAACAGCACACUUUCCUUUGGCACGUACCUGCUGGCUACCAACCCUCAAUGCCAGGAGAAGCUGCUGCAAGAGGUGGAUGACUUCUAUUCAAAACAUGACAUUCCAGAUUAUGAAAAUAUACAGGAACUUCCAUACCUUGAUAUGGUGAUAGCAGAGACUCUGCGCAUGUAUCCUCCAGCAUUCAGGUUUACCCGGGAAGCAGCAAAAGACUGUUCAGUGCUACAGCAGCAAGUCCCAGCUGGCGCUAUCAUAGAAAUUGCUGCUGGUCAUCUCCAUUAUAAUCCAAAGUUCUGGCUAGAACCUGAAAAGUUUAUUCCUGAGAGAUUUACGGCUGAGGCUAUGCAGCAACAACACCCUUUUGCUUAUUUGCCCUUUGGGGCAGGUCCUCGUGGCUGCAUUGGCAUGAAGUUGGCCUUGAUGACAAUAAAAAUUGCACUGUUGAGAAUUUUGCAAAGAUUCAUGUUUAAAACCUGCCCUGAGACCCAGAUCCCUUUGCAGGUCAAAUCUCACAGCACACUAGGACCACGGGAUGGUGUCAUCAUCAAGAUUGUUUCUCGUUAAGAUAGUCACAUCCUCCCAUUUCUUUUCCAGAAGCUUUGGCUUACCUCACGCUGAAAACCUAUUUUGUAACAUGGAAAAACCUGUUAAAGGUGCCAAAGCUCUUACCCCAGUCUGCCUUACAAUGCCUUCCAAUGCUCAAUUCCAAAGACGGUUAAACUUCUAUACUUGCAAACUUAACCUUUAGUGCCCGAUAUGCAUCUAAACUGCGAAAGCGUUAUGUUGAGUGGUGGUAUGGUGUAUGGAAGGGAUAUUUGCUAAUAAUGAAAGUAGGAUGCUCAUAAAAUGAACUGUUUUAGUUGUUAAAAAUGAAAGCUAUUUUUUAAAAAAUCAGGCUGUUAUAAUUGUUCAAUCAUCAGCUUACCCUCUAUUUUCUCUUUAAGAGUUGUUCCUCUCCUGUCUAAGGUGAUAGACAGAUUUACCUAGAUCGAGGAUCUUCAACCUUGGCAAAUUUAAUACUUGUGGACUUCAACUCCCAGAAUUCCUGAGCUAACAUGACUGGAGGAGGAAUUCUGGGAGUUAUAGUCCACAAAUCUUAAAGCUGUCAAGUUUGA